AAUUAACACUGAGCCACGCACUGUUCUAGGCCCUAGAGAUACACCACUGAACAAAGAGCUCUUCACAAGAGAGGUGGUGUGGUAGAGUGUUUAUAAGCUUGGGUUUGGGAGCCACGCUGCCUAGGGGUGAAUUACUACCUGUGUGAUCUUAAGUGAGAUAACCCCUCUGCGCCUCAGCUUCCUUAUGUGUAAGAUAGGUAAUAGAUAACCUCAUAGGCUUGUGUGACGGUAAAGUACGCUGAUUCAAUUAAGGUGCCUAGAACUGUGCCGGGUUCAUUAAUUGUUAGGUGGUGGUAUUACUAAACGUCUGGACCUCCCCAUCUCCGCCCCAUUGCCUAGCAUGCUGGGCCCCAAAGCCGGCGAGACUGGGCAGCAGCGCCCCCUCCUGGCUACCGAGAGAAAGAAGGGCGUCCUCCCGAUACUCAGCGGCCCUCCCUGCCCUCUUCGUACCGGCGGACUGGGAAGCCUCAGGAAUUACUCUACCAGCCCAGGUUCACUGAGCGCUCCUCCCGUGGCGGGCCCUGCGCGCGCACUUUGCCAUGCGGGGUAAAUUAGAUCGUCUCAUCUAAUUUUCAAACAGCUCUCUGAGGCAGACACGGUUACUGUUUCCAUUUCACCAAGGGAGAAACUUGAGGCUCCGGGAGGUCGAGUCCCUUGUUCCAAGCCACUCAGCGAGGGAGUGGCGGGACUUGAAGGCAGGAGAGUCUGACUGUCCCCUGCUUCUGUUUGGUCGCGCGGGGCAGCCCGCCCCAGUCACUGCGGCGAGUGCGCGCCAGUGUGCGCGCCCGUUCUGUGCGCGUGUGCGCUCCCCGAGACCAGCCCCAGGGGGCCCGGAGCGCGGCGAAGGGCGUGAGGAAGCAGUGGUUGCCCCGCGGGCUCGCGGAGAACGAGGGCGGGACUUGUGCCGGGCCCUUGCCCCGCCCACCGACCCCGCCUGCAGUGCUUAGGGAGGGAGGAGGCGGCUCUGGGAGCCGAGACUCGGCGGGCGGCGAGGAGCGCGGAGCCGCAGCCGGAGCCGGACGCCGCCGCCGCAGCCACCUGCGCGUCAGUCAUCAAGAUGUCAUGGCACCCCCAGUACCGGAGCUCCAAGUUCCGCCAUGUCUUUGGCAAACCAGCCAGCAAGGAGAACUGCUACGACUCCGUGCCCAUCACCCGCAGCGUCCACGACAAUCAUUUCUGCGCUGUGAACCCCCACUUCAUUGCAGUCGUGACUGAGUGUGCUGGUGGGGGGGCCUUCCUCGUCAUCCCCUUGCACCAGACGGGAAAGUUGGACCCCCACUACCCAAAGGUCUGCGGGCACAGAGGGAAUGUCUUAGACGUCAAAUGGAACCCUUUCAAUGAUUUUGAGAUCGCCUCCUGUUCUGAAGAUGCCACGAUUAAAAUCUGGGACAUCCCCAAGCAGCUGCUGGCAAAGAACCUCACAGCCUGCAAGAAGGAGCUGGUGGGCCAUGCCCGCAGGGUGGGCCUGGUGGAGUGGCACCCCACAGCCGCCAGUAUCCUCUUCAGCUCCGGCUAUGACUACAAGGUGAUGGUCUGGAAUCUGGAUACAAAGGACGCUGUAAUCAUGACCCCCGUGAAGACAAUUAACUGUCACCAAGACGUGAUCCUCUCCAUGUCCUUCAACACCAACGGCAGCCUGCUGGCCACUGCCUGUAAAGACCGCAAGAUUCGGGUUCUCGACCCCCGAGCAGGGGCCGUCCUCCAGGAAGCCAGCUAUAAGGGGCACCGGGCCAACAAAGUGCUAUUUCUGGGGAACCUGAAGAAGCUGCUGUCCACGGGCACAUCCCGAUGGAACAACCGGCAGAUGGCCCUGUGGGACCAGGAUGACCUCUCUGUGCCUCUCGCAGAGGAGGACCUCGAUGGCUCCUCAGGCGUGCUGUUUCCGUUCUAUGACUCGGACACCAACAUGCUCUACGUGGUGGGGAAGGGAGACGGGAACAUCCGCUACUAUGAGGUCAGCACUGACAAACCUCACCUAAACUACCUGACCGAGUACCGCUCCUAUAACCCACAGAAGGGGAUCGGUGUUAUGCCAAAGAGAGGUCUCGACGUGUCCUCCUGUGAGAUCUUCCGCUUCUACAAGCUGAUUACAACCAAAAGCCUCAUCGAGCCCAUAUCCAUGAUUGUACCCCGGCGGUCGGAAUCCUACCAAGAGGACAUCUACCCGCCCACGGCAGGUGCCCAGCCCUCUCUGACGGCCCAGGAGUGGCUCAGUGGGAUGAAUAAAGGGCCAGUCCUGAUGUCCCUUAGGCCUGGCUCCGAGCUGCUGAGGCCCCAGCCUCUGCCCCCAGAGAGACCCCUCUCCAAGCCCAGGCCCCACACCUCGCCUCGUCUCUUCAACCAGACAGAAAAGCUGGCUGCAGAAGAUGGCCGGAGACCCCUCUCCCUGCUGGAGGAGAGGGCUCCACGUUGGGCAGCAGAACACAGACUGGAGGAGAAGAAAACUUGGUUCACAAAUGGCUUUGACAUCUUCGAAUGCCCCCCACCAAAGACAGAGAACGAGCUGCUGCAGAUGUUCUAUCGGCAACAAGAUGAGAUCCGAAGGCUCCGGGAGUUGGUGACCCAGCGUGAGGUCCAGGCCAAACAAUUGGAACUGGAGAUCAAAAACUUGCGGAUGGGCUCAGAGAGGCUCUGAGCGGGGUCCUCUGCCCUCCUCGCCCUCAGGGACACCACUCGGCUCAUGGGGAGGUCCGGAACCAAACCACAGGUCCCCCGAGAACAGCCACUAUUUCUGUAUUUUUUACCAGAGAUGAAACUCUUGGUCGCUGAAAGAUUCCAGUGGGACCUGGUGCCGAUUUUCUAUUUGCCUUCUUGAAACAGUGUCUGAAUUGACUCUUUUUAGAUGAUACCUUGCCUUCUGUUUAAUUGUUUUGAAGGGUCCACGGUAACUUCUCAAGGGGAAGAACAUUGUAGAAAGUUAGAGCUGGAAGGUCCUAGGAGGUGAACCUUCCUGUGUUUUUCAAACUGUGGUCCAUAGCAAGGGGGGAAGGCUAAGUCAGGAGGGCUGUGCCCCCCCCGCCUCCAUUCCUACCAGUCAGCUCCCCUUCUUUCUGUUUUAUACAUUAGCUUCUAUGGAAUACAUAAUUCUGCUACUAAAAAAAUAUUAGAAGUUUGAAAACCAGUGACGUGGCCCAACUUCCUUAUUUUACAGGUGGAGAAACUGAGGCCCAGAGAGAGGCAAGUAAUCAACCAAGGUCCCCAGAGAGUUCAUGGCCAGGCUGGGCUGAGCUUCUGGUCUCCUGGGUCUGCCUUUCUGCGGUUUAUGAUGCAGCAGAUGUGCAGUUCUCAGCCCACAAGGCAGGAAUCCGUUGGUUCUGGCCUCAGCUGUGCCCCUGACUUGCUCAGUGACCUCUUGCAAGUCAUUACCUCUCUGGUCUCACUUUCUCCAUCUGAACAAGGGGGACCCUGGAAUGCGCUGCCCUCUAUAGGAUCUGCCACCUGAGAUAAGAAACCUUGGCCUUGACCUAAGGAAAACUACUUGUAGGGUGAUGAUCUGGGUUUGCUGCAGGAACUCCAAAGACAUUGACAAAGAGGCAGAGGAAGUUUAACUUCAGGGAAGUAAAGUCAGGGUUCAGCCUAAUUGUAGAACACAGACAGGAGGCCAUCCUCUCUCUCUUCAACCAGAAUCAGCCGAAUAUGGGUAGACACUAUCCCUUAUGUGGGGAUGCAGACAGCAGAGUGGUGCCCAUGGCUACUGACUGCCACCACCAAAGCCCUGAGGUCGCAGAGUCUGCCUCCUCCAGGAUGAUG